UCUAUUUUUCGUUUUUUUAACUCACUCCAUUUUACACACGCACACUCUCUCUAAGCUAUGGCGACGCUGAAAGAGAUCUUAACCCGGAGGCCGGUGGCGGCGACGAUCAGGCUCACCGUCCCAGCUGGAGGAGCUCGGCCAGCUCCGCCAGUUGGACCGGCGCUGGGUCAGUACAGGCUUAACCUAAUGGCUUUUUGCAAAGACUUCAAUGCUCGGACUCAGAAAUACAAGCCGGAUACGCCCAUGGCCGUGACCAUCACUGCUUUCAAAGAUAACACCUUCGAGUUCACCGUGAAGUCUCCGUCGGUCACUUGGUACCUCAAGAAGGCCGCCGGCAUUGAGUCCGGCAGCAGCCGACCCGGCCACGACAUCGUCUCAACCCUAACCCUAAAACACAUUUACGAGAUAGCCAAGGUAAAGCAAUCCGAUCCCUAUUGCCAGUACAUGUCUCUGGAGUCUAUUUCCAAGUCCAUUAUUGGCACUGCUAACACUAUGGGGAUCAAGGUUCAGAAGGACUUGGAUUGAUCAAAUUUUCUAGAAGUGUUCGUUUUUCAAUCGAAUGUUAUCUUUUUAUUUUAAUCUUGAAAUGGUUCUGUAGCAUCAGAGAACAUGUUUGUUUGUUGUGAUCUCAAAGAACAUGAUUUGCAUAUAUAUUUGUUGUUUCUUGAUGAAAA